GCGCUUAUUGUGAGAUUCUUUGGAACAGAAUGACGAUAAAUUCUGAUGAACUGAUCUUUUCACCCCCCACUCUAUGAGAGAUGCAGGGAGUGGCAGCAUCAGGACCACUCUCUCUCUCUCUCUCUCUCUCUCUCUCUCUCUCUCUCUCUCUCUCACUGGUCUCACGUGGACAGUCUUGCGCGCAAACGGUGCCAAAGUGAUUUAUGUCGCCUUCCACAGAUCUGACUGAAACAGAUCCACUCUGAGGACACUUGAGGAAUGGCCUCUGAACGGGACGGCUCCAAUUCGACCAGGAAUCUGACCAACCAGUUCGUGCAGCCGGCGUGGCGCAUCGCACUCUGGUCGGUGGCGUACAGCACCGUGCUCGCCGUGGCCGUUUUCGGGAACUUGAUCGUGAUUUGGAUUAUUCUGGCGCACAAGCGGAUGAGGACCGUGACCAACUAUUUCCUGCUGAACUUGGCUUUCUCUGACGUCUCCAUGGCCGCUUUCAACACGCUCAUCAACUUCAUCUACGCGGCUCACGGAGAGUGGUACUUUGGAGAAGUGUACUGCAGGUUCCACAACUUCUUCCCUGUCACCGCUGUGUUCGCCAGCAUCUACUCCAUGACCGCGAUAGCUAUCGACAGGUACAUGGCCAUCAUCCACCCUCUGAAGCCCCGUUUGUCGGCAAAGGCCACUAUGGGAGUGAUCGUCUGUAUCUGGAGUCUGGCUGUGGUCCUGGCCUUCCCUCUCUGCUACUUCUCCACCACCCGAACUCUGCCCCAGAGGACCCUCUGCUAUGUGGCCUGGCCCCGCGUGGUCGACGACCCCUUCAUGUAUCAUAUCAUAGUGACGGUUCUGGUCUAUGUGCUGCCCUUAGUGGUGAUGGGCAUCACUUACACCAUCAUUGGGGUGACUCUGUGGGGAGGGGAGAUCCCUGGAGACUCAUCUGAUAACUAUCACGGACAGCUCCGAGCCAAACGGAAGGUGGUGAAGAUGAUGAUCAUUGUAGUGGUGACCUUUGCCCUCUGCUGGCUGCCCUAUCACGUCUACUUCAUUGUGACGGGGCUCAACAAGCGUCUGAGCAAGUGGAAGUACAUCCAGCAGGUUUACCUGUCAGUGCUGUGGCUGGCAAUGAGCUCCACCAUGUACAACCCCAUCAUCUACUGCUGCCUCAACAGCAGGUUCCGGGCCGGUUUCAAGCAGGUUUUCCGCUGGUGUCCCUUUGUCCGGGUCUCAAGCUACGAUGAGCUAGAGCUCCAAAAUACAAGACUUCGACCGGGUCACCAGAGCAGCAUGUGCACCCUCUCUCGGGUCGACACCAGCAUCCUCAGCAAAGACAAGAGCACUUAUUCUCGUGGAAACAGAUCAAGACUCAACUCUGAGCCCAAUAACAAAGACAGUUAGUCGUUGCCGCAGGAAAAGUUACAGACUGUAGCUUUAGGUAGGUACUUGAAUCUAACACCAGACAUGAUACACAUAAUUUUAGAUUCAGGGUGACUUAUAUGUUCCGAGGAUGUCAUUACCACUGAUGUCCAUCACAAACAAACAUCCAUAAACCUGCUCAUAGCUCAUAGAAAUAACACAGUGCAGAAGUUGCCUGAGAAUUAUCUCGUUUUUAAGUUUUCUUUGGUGUCAGAGUAAUCCAGUGGUAGUUUCCUGUAUGUCCAUGGGUACGUUUUAAACAGCAAUUUAGAACGUACCCAUGCGGGGGACAAUAUCAGACCUCUGCACUUUACCAUCACUUCACUUUAACAAAACAGUUUGAUAAAAUACAAUUGUAUUUUAUCAGUUUUGGUAAAUAAUUUUGUGUAAAACACCUGAUAUCUUUUGACAUUGAUAUAUAUAUAUAUAUAUAUAUAUAUGGAUUUAAAACAUUGGCAUUGCAGGAAAGUGCAUUUCAUUAAGACAUAUUAAAUAUAUGAUAUUUUCCUGGUGGGAUGUUGCAUACAUGCUUAUGUACUGUACUUUCUUGGGUUUGAUUACUUCUGAUUAUAAUCAUUUAAAAGCUAUUGAUGCUUUGGUAAAACAUGGUUGAUGGUUUGAACCAAGGUAUUUCAAUAUCUAAAUUAUUAUAUUUAUAGAUUUUAUAUUUUUUGAUAUAUAUUUGUAUUUAAUUUUAGAUAUUAGAAAUAAUGAUACUUUGUCAGCAUCAUAAACCAUACACUAAACUGCUUCUGACAUUCUGUAAUGGCAUUUGUUUAAUGUUACACUCGCAUGCUAUUAUAUAACAUAGCAGUAUAUGUAUUUGAUUAAAUGCUGUGCUGGAUAAAAUGUAUAUUUAAUGCCAUGAUACCAUUACUCAGUGGAUUUCAUCAACAAUAACAGCAGUAAUACUGCUUUACAAACAUGAAUACCCUAAAAUCUAUCGUUGUGACACUGAUGUUACCUGUAUUUUAUGACCAAAUGUAAAAUCAUAAGUGCUUGCUAAUGUUUUUGUUGGCUGGAGAACGCAUGUGCCAUUUUAAAAUGUACUUUUUUGGGACUGUUGUAAGAGUUACGCUUUACUGUAUGUAUCUAGGAUUUUGUAGGUGUACAUUAUACAUGUUCGCCAGUGUGUGUAAAUAUUCAGAUUCAAACACAUAGACAAAAAUUAUAUUUAGCCUUUGUGCUGAAUUGGUGUUUCGUUGUUUUAGUAUGAUGUGAAAAUUCUAUAAAAGCUAAUAGUGUCUCUGUGAACAACCAUUUUGUUACAUUUUUGUUUCAGGUUAUUUGGAAUGAUAGUGGUGUCAGAUCAGAAAACGAGGCUGAGAACAUAGUUGCCACAUGAAAAGACAUUCAAAGAUCAGUCCUGUGUAAAAAUUACGAGGCGAGACAAGGACAGUUCAACCAGUUUAUUUGUUUAUGUAUUUCUUAAGCUCAGAUCAUACAUCUAACAGUUGGUGUUAUCAGCUGAUUUAGAAGUUAACCUGCCAACCAUCAACUACAACAUCCUCAGUUCUUGUCUGG